AUGAUAAAGUUUUUACGGCGGGUGUUGAUACCGACAAUCUUAGUAGCACUCAUCAUUCUAUUGACAUUUUUGCGAACAAAACCCGUAGUUGACAACAGCUUGUAUCUUCAGUCAACACAACAGAUAUUUGAUUCGUUGAGUCAUUUUUCAUUCUCGUUGCCUAUAGCUAGUAGCAACAACAAUGAUAAUGAUAACCACGUUGAUGGGUCGAAACAGCCGACGGCACCUUAUCAAAACCAAAACCAAGCUCACCUCCCAGAUGGCACCCAAGACUCUCUCGAAUCCAAGACGAAGCCGCUCGAUCCGUGCACAGUCGUAAACCCACUCAACAAAAUGUUUAUAGACCUCAGCGGACUAUCGUCUUUUGGCAACGACAAUAAGCCCAUGUCAUGGAAUGCCAAGGGCUACGAUUCGGGGAAAAAUUACACAAUUGGAAUAUGCUCAAACCCAUUCAAGAAGCACCACGACGAGUCGAGCGAAAUUCAAGAUCGGUUAAACUCGAGCAAGAUUGGAGCCUAUUAUAUCGACUCCGAGACAAACAAAUACGUCUCCAUCGGUGAAUACUCAACCGUCCCGAAAUUCCGGGGCAGGAAAUUGACUUUGACCUAUGAAAAUGGGUCCUACUGCAAUGCUUAUGAUUCCAAGACUGGUGAACGUUUAAGAAAAUCAACCGUGUUGACUUUUACUUGCGAUCGUGAAAUGUCGGCAAAGGCCUCUGCCUACUACAUCGACAGUUCAAAUGACUGUACUUAUUUUUUCGAAAUUAGAAGCCACCAAGCUUGUCCCACGGCACCGCCAACAAACAACCUGGCUGCUGUAUGGAUCUUUUUGUUCAUUUUACUAGCUGCGUUGUUUGUGUAUUUCAGUGGUGGAUUACUUUAUAGACACAUGAAGAGUAUCAAGUCCCCUAUUACUUCUACCCACCACCAUCAUCAUCAUCAUCACAAUCAGCAGCAGCAUCAUACCCACAUCAAUACCAGUCAAUUAAAGGUAUAG